AUCAACGCGGGGACGGCCGCCUACUUCCUCGGCGAGGGCAUCACGCGCGACCACCCCCUCACCGCCGCGCAGCGGCUGCGUGUGUACGAGCUCUACUUCACUUGCCUGCGCGGCUCGCACGUGGGCCAGGCGCUCGACCUACACGGGCUGGCGCACAUGGUGCCCGCGUGCCUCGAGUCGGGCGACCUAGCGCCCGUGUGGGAGGCGCUGCUCUGCUGCCACCGUCUCAAGUCGGGCUUACCCGCCUCGGUGUGCGCGCGCACUGGGGCGGUGCUCGGCGGCGCGACGCCCGCGCAGGAGGCUGCCCUCGGCGACUACUUCCUCGCGCUCGGGCUGGCGUUCCAGCUCCUCGACGACGUCAUCAACCUGCAGGGCUUCGGCAAGUCGCUCAAGACCAAGGCGGAGGACCUCAUCGAGGGGAAGGUGACGGCGCCGGUCAUCCGCGCGCUGAUGGCGCUGGGCGCGGCGGGCGACGCGGAGCGGCAGCGCUGGCUGUGGGGGCAGUUUGGCGUGCCGGACAGCGAGCGUGAGGUCGGGGCGAUGGUCGACCUGCGUGCAGCCGUGAAGAGGCGCUGUUCACACCUGCAGCUGUGA